CGACACCGUAAAAUUAGGUGAAAAAACCGGACCACGCCAAACUAAACAAAAAAGAACCCGGUCAAAAAAGACUUAAAGAGAAGAGUUUGAACUUUGAACGGACUUGACUCUUUCUGUUUCCCACCGGAGCCAAAACUGCCAAGCGUCAGUAAAGUGGAGACACCGUAGCCCAACGCCCUCGAUUCGCCGGCACGACGAUCUCAAUCUAAUUUUCCUCAAUGAACAGAUACAUUAAAUAACAUUAUCCUAAUCCUGAUUGUCGGUUAUUAAUUGACCAUGGUUGUUUUUUCCCCGGCACGUACGUACGUUUGGUUGAUUUCUAAAAGAAUGGGACGCCUUCCCGCACGACAUUGGCGUCCAGGUGCCAUGCAGCAUUGUCUCGUUGGUUAGCCGGUCGUUACUCACUAAUCCACCUGUUGCUUUUUCACUCAUAGAACUAACCACCUCGAUUGACCAGUUUAUAACUACCAGUCUAGUGUCUGUUAACAUGCGUUUAUCUGCUCUACGUGGUGGUUUUAAAUCGGUUGAAGUUGUUAGUUGAGCCGUUGGGAAGCCGUUAUUGUAUUUUGUUUCAACGUGGCUGUUUUUUCUUCUCUUCCGCCAUUUUUUGGUUGGUUACGACUUAUGGUCGUUCGGAAAUGUACUGGUGGGUAUUGGGCCCGCCGGUACGUUCCUUCACCAAGUGGCAUGUACUGGUCGCCAAACGCCAUUACCGCCGAAUGUGUCGUCAAAUAUUUGGCCGUCUCGGUGCCCCACGCCUCGCCAUUCCCCUGAAUAACAUAUUAAUGUCCCCAACGGAAAAGAGUUCUUUAUUUUAUACGAAACAAACAACAAACAGUCUUGGUUACCACCACACAUUUCAAGUAAAAUCAACGAGAAAAACGUCCACUAAUCAACUCGGAUAAUUCAAUGAUAAUGAUAUCUUAAAUCAUGUCGGUUGAUUUUCCAAACCAAUGCCACCGUCCUCGGUCCUACUCUAACUUUCCCUUUCAUCAUUAACUACCCCAUUCCGCCCCUAUAAGUAUGCCCACUUCUUCACUCCAACAACUGCAGGUGAAAGAAAAAAUAAAAGAAUCCACUUCCUUCCAGUUCCAUUUGCUUGCCCGCAAACACCAAUCCUUCAUUCCAUUAAUUAAAAGACACAGAGCAUCGGAAAAACUUCCCACCAACCAAAAAAUCAUACCGAAGAAGAUAUAAGCUACUCGUUCCUUCUCCUUACUUCUAGAAUAUAUCCCGACAAACCGAAACUCUCCCCUUUAGUUUUCUCCCCCUGUCAUCACUCCCCAUUUCUCCACUCAAUCCACUCUCUUCCUUGCCGCAAUUGAAUCCAGCUCUCCAUACCUUCUUCCCAGGUUCCUCCUCCAGCAUCGAUCAAUGGCUCCAAGCGCCCCCAAAUUGAGCGCCAAAAUCAACGACCUGAUGGAAUCCCACGCCAACCAGCUCCUCAACCCCUCCCCCGCCGCCUGCGCCAUCUCCCUCGACGGAUCAACCCUCAAAUCCAACGGCCACGCCUUCCUCACCGACGUCCCGACCAACAUCACCAUCACCGCCUCAGCCGACAAAUCCGGCGCCUUCCUCGGAUUCAACGCGGGAGAAUCCGACCACCGCCACGUGGCGCCCAUCGGAAAGCUCAAGAACCUGCGGUUCAUGAGCAUCUUCCGUUUCAAAGUCUGGUGGACCACCCACUGGGUUGGAUCCAACGGCCGCGACCUCGAACACGAGACCCAACUCCUCCUCCUCGACACGUCACCGACUGGCGGUGGGCCCUACGUCCUCAUCGUCCCAAUUCUUGAAGGGCAGUUUCGGGCUUCCCUCCAGCCCGGGCAAAACGACGACGUGGACGUCUGCGUGGAGAGUGGGUCAACGAAAGUCAAGGCCUCGAGCUUCAACAGCGUGGUGUACGUUCACGCAGGGAAUGACCCGUUUACCCUCGUGAAAGAAGGGAUGGGAGUCGUCCGGGCCCACCUCGGGACUUUCAAGCUGCUCGACGAGAAGGACCCACCGGGGAUCGUGGACAAAUUCGGGUGGUGCACGUGGGAUGCAUUCUACCUUACGGUGAACCCUCAGGGGAUCUGGGACGGCGUGAAAGGACUCGUCGACGGCGGAUGCCCGCCGGGGCUGGUUUUAAUCGACGACGGGUGGCAGUCGAUCAGCCACGACGAGGAUCCGGUGACGAAGGAAGGGAUGAACCACACGGUCGCCGGGGAGCAGAUGCCUUGCCGGCUGCUAAAGUUCCAGGAGAACUACAAGUUCCGGGAUUACGUCAGCAGGAAGGAGGAAGUUACGGAAAAGGGCAUGGGCGCGUUUGUGAGGGACUUGAAGGAUGAGUUCGGGACGGUGGAUUACGUCUAUGUUUGGCACGCGCUGUGUGGGUAUUGGGGCGGGAUCCGGCCCAAUGUUCCGGGCCUGCCGGAGAGCGUCGUUGUCAGGCCCAAGUUGUCUCCCGGGCUGGAGAAGACCAUGGAGGAUCUCGCCGUGGAUAAGAUCGUUAGUAACGGCAUCGGGUUGGUCCCGCCGGAGCUUGUGGACCAGAUGUACGAUGGCAUCCACUCUCAUCUCGAGAAGGCUGGAAUCGACGGCGUUAAAGUCGACGUCAUCCACUUGUUGGAAAUGCUGUGUGAGAAUUACGGAGGGAGAGUUGACCUGGCAAAGGCGUAUUUCAAGGCGUUGACCGCCUCUGUUAACAAGCACUUCAACGGGAACGGAGUAAUUGCGAGCAUGGAGCAUUGUAACGAUUUCAUGUUCCUUGGAACAGAAGCCAUCUCUCUUGGACGUGUUGGUGAUGAUUUUUGGUGCACGGAUCCAUCGGGCGACCCGAACGGCACAUUCUGGCUUCAGGGGUGUCACAUGGUUCACUGUGCCUACAACAGUUUGUGGAUGGGCAAUUUCAUCCACCCGGAUUGGGACAUGUUCCAGUCGACACACCCUUGUGCCGAGUUCCACGCUGCGUCUCGUGCCAUCUCCGGUGGGCCGAUCUACAUCAGCGACACCGUGGGCAACCACAACUUCCCGUUGCUGAAGCGGUUGGCGAUGCCGGACGGUUCGAUCCUCCGGUGCGAGUACUAUGCUCUUCCCACUAGGGACUGCCUCUUUGAGGAUCCCCUCCAUGAUGGAAAAACCAUGCUCAAGAUUUGGAACUUGAACAAGUUUACCGGGGUUGUUGGGGCGUUUAACUGCCAAGGCGGAGGGUGGUCCAGAGAGACGAGACGCAACCAAUGCUUCUCAGAAUUCUCUCACAAGUUGACGGCCCAAACCAACCCAAAGGACAUUGAAUGGGCCAGCGGGAAAAGCCCAAUCUCCAUCGAAGGAGUCCAGGUAUUCGCCAUGUACAUGUCGAAGGCCCAGAAGCUCGUCAUGUCCAAGCCCACGGAUAACAUCGAGGUCGCGUUGGAGCCGUUCGAGUUUGAGCUGAUCACGGUGUCGCCGGUGACCGUAUUGGCCGGGAAGUCGGUUCAAUUUGCGCCUAUUGGCCUUGUGAACAUGCUCAACUCCGGCGGGGCGAUCCGGUCGGUGGAUUACCGGGACGAAUCGGUGGAAAUUGGUGUUAAGGGUGCCGGAGAAAUGGUGGCGUUUGCGUCGGAGAAGCCGGCAGGCUGCAAGGUGGAUGGUGGGGAGGUUGAGUUCAAGUACGAUGGUUGCUUGGUUACCGUCGAAGUUCCAUGGUCCUCGGAUUCGUCGGGUGUUUCACAGGUUGAAUUCGCGUUUUGAUUUAUAUCUCAAAUGGCAAUGGAUGCCUGGGAUUGGAUUGCAUGUUAAUUUUUAUUUGUCAGUGUGAUUGAGAAUGUAAGAAAUGAUGACUUGAGACCUUUUAAGUAAUUUUAAUCGUAAUGGUUUUCAUAAUCGCAUGGGCUAUAGAGGUUGAGGUCACAAACAAAUUAGUCACUAAAUUCAAUUUUAAGAGACUUGUAAUUGAAGUUAUGAAAAUUUUCAGCACGAAUAUGGAUUUUCGUCGAUUUUUGUUACUAAUUUUUCGUCUAUAUAUGAUAAGAGAUUAGCAUGUCAACUUUGAGAUAAUAAUAAAAGCGGUACAUAGAUCUUGAUUUAGUGGUUCGAAUGACUCAUUUGAUCCAUACUUGAUCCAAACCAAAUCAAUAUUUUGGCUAUUUUUACUGAACUUUAACUCUCGUUUUCAGAAAACAAUGUAAUUUCUUCAUAUCUAUUUAAAGCUACAUAAUUAGAUAGUUUGCUUGAUUUUCUCGUUACUAAUUUGAGUAAGUUGAUACACCAAUAUGGACAAUCUCAGUGCAUACUUUGAUGACAAUGAGCGAUGUAUUCAUGUGUCAAUAGAGUGAAAAGUUUAUUGGUAUCCAAAAGUUCACUCUUGUGUCAAACUGAAAAAGCUCUUCUAGGUUUUUUAAACUGAUUUUAAGUGAAAUCAAUGUGUCAAUAACUAUGAAACAAGUUGGUAUAUACAUAUAAGAAGUAAAUUUUGUUACUAGCCCUCAUUGAAAAUAAGACACACUACCAGACUUUGGAACAUGUAUUCUAUAACCUACAACUGUUGAGUGCAAGCAGUGGUGUCAGCAAGAUUCGGGUUUAGUGGGGUUCUAGUAUAAAAAAUUCUAAGACAUUUUAUUCAACUAUGAAGUAAAUUCUCUUAAAAAUUCAGCCAAGUAGUCAUUCAUUAGAUCAUCAAUUAUUAGAUUUGUAUUUUACAUUUUGUGUAACUCAUAGUUGAAAAGUGACAUUUCGAUACAACUAAAUAAAUAGCUCCCAAGCCACAAACAUAUUAUAAAGUACAUUUGAUGACAAAGAAAUUGUAUAUUAAUAGAAAAUUUGUUGAAUUAAGGGCUUAUUAGAUAUAGUCAGGAUUUUUUUACAUAUUUAGUAGAAUUAGAAUUUUUUUUAAUUAGGAUUUAUAAAAUUGAGAAUUUUCUUGAUCGAUACGUGCUACUUUAUUUGCGUGUUUCAUAAUACUAUGACGAUCAAAAUUUUAUAUAAAUGGGGUCCUCAAUUCCGAAACUACCAAAAUUAAACAAGAACAUGCAUAUAUGUAGCCAUUUUUAAUUUAUCCAAGUGGGUCCUAAGACCCCACUCCUAUCCACCUCCCUCCGCCGCUGAGUGCAAGCAAAAACAAUUUGACAGUUCUAAAACACUAAAAUGUUAUACCAUAAUAGCCAUGAUGGUUAAAAUCAAGGAUGUCAACCCAAUUUAGCCCGUUGAUAUGGUCGAGUAAGUGGGUUGAGGGUAAUGGGUCGAUGGCCUCUUUAGCCCAGAUAUAUGAAAAAUGUAAUUAUAUUGUUCAUAUAUAUAUAAAUCAUAUCAAAUCUCGUCUAACACAUGAGUAAUAACAUAUAACAUUACAUUAAACUAGCAUAUCAUACUUGGACCUAACAUAUAGUUAAAAUUCACACGUACUUAUAUAAUAUUAAUAUUCAAAUGUUCAACUUAAAAUUACAAAUAUAUAAUUAGGCGAAUAAGAUAACAUGAAAAAAGACACAUUUCGUAAAACAAAAAAGAUAAAACAAUAACGUGUGUACCCGAUAACCUUGUAGCAACUAGCAGGUCUAUCCAUUGGUGUGUUUGACCCUUUUUUUCUCACCUGGUCAUGAUCAAAACGGUUCAACCAGCAGUUCGACCUUAGGUAACCAGUUCGUGGAGCGGGAGCGGGAGCGAGAGCGGGAGCGGGAGCGUGAGAGUGUCUAUUUUAGAAGAAUUCGGUAUUGAGAGCGUGAAUAAAGCGUCAUUAUUAUA